AUGAUUUACCGGACUAGGUUGUUACGAUGCGCAUACGGCUUCUACAUCGCCAUGCAUCCAUGGCUCACAGGUUCAGGCUAUGUGAAGGUGGGCUGCACAGCAGACCUCUCUCGUAGACUUGAUAUGGCUUCUUUCACGACAUGCUUCACUCCCGAGUGGUACUAUUUCGCUGUUUUUGAGUGUGAGAGCAUCAAAGAAGCCUUUCUCCUUGAGCAAGCAGUGCUAUUCCUCUUUAAGGAUAGACGAGUACCUCAGCGUGAAUUAAUCAAAGGAAGUGCAGGAGAAGUGGUGGAGGGCGCACAGCGUGUGUGCUCGGUACUCAACGUCAAUGCUCUCCUGAAAGUGGAGCCGUCCUACGGUGUGAGUCAAGGCAGCCAUACUGUUGAGCCGAGUCGUCGAUCAUCGACCUCUAUGAGCAGCAUCUCGACCGAUGCCACUCUGAGACCAAACACACUGGGGAAUUACGUAGAUACACUAGAUAAGCUUCGUGAAUCUAUGUGUGUGCGUCCACCAAGAGAUGAUACAAUGAGAUUGGAAGGAGAGGAGGAAAGUGGAGAAUUCGAUAUCAGCGAUGAGGAGCUACAGUACAACCUUGACAUUCCAGGAGCGUUGAAAGAAGAAGUGUUUGAUCUGACUGUUCUUCGUCCCUACCAAAAAGAGGCUCUGGAGCGUUGCCGAAAUGAGCUAGAGACGCGCGGUGCUACUAUCUGCCAAAUGGCGUGCCGAUGUGGCAAGACUCCUGUUGCCUUUAAGCUCAUUGAAUAUUACCUAACGACCAAAACAAAUGCAAUAAUACUUUACCUUGUACCAGGUCUUGCACUUCUACGACAAACAGUGAGAAAAUUGUACGGCUAUGGUCUAAGAAAACCUAAAUACCUUCUCAUUGGUUCUUGUGCGGUUUCUUUGUCACUGGAUGAUGGGCGAGUUGUGACGAUGACCACCGAUGCUGAGGUAAUUAAGAAUACCAUUAACACGUCAACGUCAGCAAUGAUUGUCAUCAGCACGUACCAGUCAUCACAUAUUGUGUCCAAAAUGAAGGGAUUUACUCUUACAGUGUUUGAUGAGUGUCAUCGGGUCUGCGGAAAUGCAUCCUUGACAAAUUUUAAUAGUGUUCUCAUGCAGCCGAUUUCAGGCAAGAGACUGUUUCUGACGGCGACGCCUGCCUAUGAUACACCUAUAAAGAUGGAUAACACUCAUCUAUUUGGUGGGAUAGCUUACCGAUAUUACCUGCGGGAAGGAAUUGACGCUGGAUACGUUAAUAAUUUUUCACUGCGCAUUAUUUUAGGUGAGAGCAUGGAUGACAUGAAUCCGUAUUUUUACGAAGCUAUGCGGAUUGUUAACAAAAUGAUUGUCUACUGUAGAAAUAUUGAACAUGCUGCCGAGCUCACGGCACGACUAAAAGAAACAAUCCCGGAUGAUGUCAUUCCGUUCUCAGUACUGCUUGCCCAUUCAAGGAUGGGAAGCACGGCUGUAGCAAAUAUCCUGCGCAUCUUUUCCACUUCAAAGCGCUGUGUUUUACUAAACGUUCGCUUGUUUCAAGAAGGCGUGGAAAUUCCGGAUCUAAAUGCAGUGUUUUUUGCUUCGCCACGGUACAGCUCCCGUGACAUUGUCCAGAGUAUUUGCCGGCCCCUCAACAAGAUGAAGAAUAAGCCAGCAUCGUACGUCUUUUUGCCGGCCACCAUAGACAAGAAACUGCCUGAGAAUCACCCUGUCAAUCUUCAGAAGUUUUCCACGUUGAUUCCUUUUACGGACGCAUUAAUGGAUGAAGAUCCUAUUCUUUUUGAGUACCUGAUUGAUCCUCAGAAGGUAUCGUACGACAUUGAGGUUGUUGGUGUUAGAUCCCUCAAGUUAUCUUCUGAGCGACUGCGACGCUUUGUUUUGCCUGCCAUACGACGGGGUGUGCGGUACUCGAACCAAAAAACAGAUCGACUGCAUCGAGCUGCACGGAUUCCUUGGAAACCUGCUUUUAAUGAGUUGAAACGCAUCGUUUUGGAGUGUGGUCGGUACCCAAAGACAAAUGAUGCAUGGGUCAUAGGAAGAAAAUCGAUUUCCAUGGCACUGUUUUACCGGUAUGCACGAAAAGGAUAUCAGCAAUACAUGAAAAACGAACCCUCGUACCUUAAGGUUUACCAAAUCCGAGACUUGGAGUCCCUUCCUCUCUGGAGGACCUACGGCAUUCAAGGUCCUUACCCGUGGAAGGAGUGCCUGCAUACUCUUCGCAAUUAUCUUGCGGAGCAUGGAAGUGUUCCCCCGCUUGAUGUCCACAAGGGUGGCUAUAUUGGUUUAGACGCCACGCCGUUUGAGCGCCUUAGUGGGGCUUUGAUGCACGUCAAUCAAUGUGAUGCGCACGAUACCGUACGUCUGGAUUCGGUAAAACAAAAAGACCUGGAUGAGCUGUGCAACGAGUAUGGCCUCAAGUGGCGCAAGCAACGUGAUUUAAAGGGGAAGGUGUUUCCUGGAGAGGUGACAUUUAUCACUGAAUCAUACAAUAAAUUCAAGAAACUUUAUGAAGCUCGCCAUAGAAACCAAUUUCAAGAAUAUCUGGACAAGCACUACCCUUUAUACCCGGAGAAACAUGAUCGAAUGGAGGAUCCAAAAAACCUAAAGAAAGGACGUGUUCCUCCUCGUCAUGUAUCGAGAGAUGAAUUAAAAGAACCACAUACAGCUGGACGAGUUAUGUGUAGAGUAUGUCGACGGCACAUUUCUGUGCGCGCGUGGGAGAGGCACUUGAGAAGCAACGCACAUGUGUCCAAGUUGGGGCAGAUUACAUUGUGA